UUUAUUUGAAUUUGACUAGAUUGUCCUGUGAAUGAAUUAGUUUGAAAUGUUGAUAACUAAUUAUCUUACAUAUCUUACAUGAGUGCAAUGUCAUCAAAAAUAUUGUAUGAACCUAUUAAACAAAAUGUAUAUCGAACUUGCAACUUUUACGUUUAGUGUCAUGUUAUUUAAAGAUGCUUUAUGCCAGCCCCCGGUUCCCAGGAUUAUUGGUGGACGUGAAGCUAGUAUAAUGGAAUAUCCAUAUCAGGCUUCUAUCCAGUUUUUCGGAAAGCAUCAGUGUGGAGGAUCGAUAAUCACGGAGCGUUUUGUUCUUACCGCAGCACAUUGUAUUAUAGGGGAAAGCAAGAGAAGUAUAACGGUCCGAGUAGGAUCUUCAUACAGAAACAAGGAUGGUAAAGUAUUCAAUGUAAUAAAAUUAUUCAGGCAUCCAGAGUUUGACGAAGAAACGUACAAUUAUGAUAUAGCAAUACUUCAGCUCAGCGGAGCGGUUGAAUUUGGCGCGGGGGUUAGGAAGGUUGCUCUGCCCUCUCCAGGUGAAGUAUCAAUCCAAAAAGUACAGGAAACGAUGGUUUGAAAACCCUCAAUUCUCCAGAUGCUAAAAUUUAGCCUAUUUUUUGUGAUUAAGCUUUUGAAAAGAUUCUUAUUAAAAUUUCUAUUUCUUUAUUCCUCAUAACAAUCAGGUAAAGGCUUGCUUCGAUAAAAGAUUUUUAGUAUGGUUGGGUUAUCAAACAAUUAAUGAAGAGAUAAAUCUGUUAUUUUCAUGUUGGUUUUACUAAGAUCCAUCUCGUUCAAUUUUAAGCCCUGAUUUUAACCAAAUCCCUAGAAGUUAUCACCAUUGCGUAAACUUUAAGAGUCACUUUUGGCAGAAAAAUCAUUUGAAGCUUUUGCGAGAAACUCUAAAAUUAAUUCAUAAUGAUAACUCUUCUCUAACAGACAGUCUCCAGACCCUUUCGCACCGGCGGGCCGUCGGCGAUCUAGCUCUCUUCUACCGCUACACCACCGGGCUUUGCUCCUCAGAGCUCUCUUCCAUGACUCCGCCGCGCAAUGUGGCUACCAGACAAACCCGCCUGACAUUAGCCUCCCAUGCUAACCGUGUCGAACUUCGUACAUCCAGAACUGGCCGAUACGACGGCUCCUUUGUCCCGAGGGUGUCGAGAUUGUGGAACAAUCUACAAGAGGAAGUGUUUCCCAGUUCUACUAAUCUUAAGCAGUUCAAAAAUCAGAUUAUCAAAUUUUCUUUGGCACCCUUAUAGUAGGCGCGGUGUUCCGGCACUUAGACUAUUGCCUGCGCGGCUUCUUCAGCAUAUAAAAAAACUAUAUACGCAUUCGCCAUUUUUAAAUGUUAUCUAAUAGCAGGCUGAAACAUAGCGAGUGCUGCAACAAUGAUCUAGAAAAAAUUCCUGGCGAAAAACAAGGUCAAGCAGAUUCACUCCAUACUUCCUGUACCUUAUCACUUAUCAAAAACAACAAAAUGUUGAGAGUGUUGUUUGACGUUGUUCUGAUGAAUGUAUGUGUAUGUAAGGUUUCUGAAUAUUGGCAUCACGUCAGUUAUUUCAACAACUAACAAUACUCAGAUAUUUUAUAUAAUAUCUGAUUAGCAAUUAUCUACCUGAUAAUAAGCUUUUAGAAGUAAAUGUCAAAUGAUUUCAAAAUUUCAAUAAACGACUGGGUCAGGACUACUCAAAAGACUCAACCUGAAUCGAAAGUGUUCACUAAAAUAUAUCGUAAGCCUCUACAUCUCAAACUGUAGAAAGUAAAUUCUUCAUAUUUCUGUUUCAAUGAAAAUGUAUGGAAAACGUGUGUGAAAAUUAUGCCCAACGGUUCCAUAGUAUUACCGGGAUCAGAAGCUUCUUAAUAACAGAACGUCUUUCUCUGGUACUGAUUCAACAUUUAAAACUCCAGCCCAUUAUAACCUACAGCACUCAAUCUCCAGCCGCUCUAAAAAAAUUUUGAAAAUGAGCAGGCAUUUCUACGGAAAACAAGGUUCCAGCGAUAUUCAUUUAACCCCCAAAGCUUUUUCGUCCUUCAUAUAUUAGUCACAUUGUGUGGAAAUUUCAACAAUAUCAGAAACGUACCUUCCGGCAUUACCCGAGAGGUAGACAGAACUUUUUACAUAAGUUUGGUACCACGUUUGACGUGCAGGAAAAAUUUGUUUGGAUCAUCCUCAGACGUUGUUAUCCGUGAGUUUUUUUAUUUGCACGAUCAGACAAUUUUUAGGAGGGGUCAAAAUAUAGCCCAACGACAGAAAAAGAUAAAUCGUGAAACAGCGGCAGUGAUAGAAGAAGACUAGCGGUUUGUUCGUACAGCCCGUUUGCUGACAAUCAGCAAACUGAUACUCGGCGACAAGUCAUGACCUAGUUUGUGCAGUUAGCUGUCACUGACACGUCGCUGACUGUACUAAUUGCGUACAUAAGAACGUUGCUAGUUGGCUGAGGGAGGCCAGACCGAUUACCGACCACUAAUCCGCUGUUCAUACAGAAACUUCUGACUGUUUGGUGACUGCCAAAUCAGUCAGCAGAUAAUUUUCCAGUAAAUUGUCAGAGCUCGAAAUCAAGUACAAUAAUUAUUCGAACGUAAAAUUUAUUAGAAUGAAGUAGACAAUUUUGAAAAAGUUGGGGGUUAAUUUGCUGUGAACCAGAAUUAUCUAGGAUUUUUUGUCCAACUGUCCAAAUGUGCCCGAAUUUUCCUUUAGAGAGGAAAACAUGGACACCUUCUAGAAAAAAUAACAGCACCCAAAAAUGUCAAGUAGAUUUACUCAGUGAUUACCAUUCAAUUCUCAUAAAUAAAGUAUAAACAUAAAUUCGAAGAAAUAUGAUUCCACACAUCGAAUGACAAGUUGAAAA